GGUGACUUCGUGGGGGAAACACGCUUGCUUUAUUGCUUUCCCAGCCUGGCGACCGCUCGCCAACUCCUUCGAUGGAACAACAGAGAAGUCCAGUCCAGCUGUUGCUUUCUCUAUUCAAUUACGGCUUCAGUUUGGUGCACAGAACGCGCAGUGUAUCUCUAUAAGUCUAUGCUUAGUAGUCGCAAAAAAAAACAUGGCGACAUGGGGGAGUGAGAAAUUUAACUCGAAUACAAUUGUCGAGAAGAACGACGGAAAUUUUGACAAUAUAUUAGUGACACAUGACCUGCAAGAUUGUUUGGACGACAGUUUGGAUCUGUCAAGUUUUGGCAAAGUGUACGAUCAAUCACCAGUUUUGAACUAUGGAAAAUUAUCGGACGAAAGCUCGUCCUACAUGGAAAAGCUGCGGGAUGAUAAUACUGGGUACAUCUACCACACGAUCAGGCCCGAUGAAAUCUACAUGCGAAUUCAUCCUGGGCAAAAUAACUCCAUGCCCGACGAUCCAUCGCAUGCAACUAUCACGAUCGAAAGCACAGAUCCUGACACUAACCAAAAACACAUCAGCCGUUACACGUGCGAAUACGAAGGCUGUACGAGAACCUACAGCACGGUUGGCAAUCUUCGCACGCAUAUGAAGACUCACAAGGGCGAGUAUCAAUUCAAAUGCACAGAUCCAGAUUGUGGCAAGGCAUUCUUGACUUCGUACAGCCUGAAGAUUCACAUAAGAGUUCAUACGAAGAUAAAACCAUUCGAGUGCAAUCAUGACGGCUGCGAAAAAGCUUUCAACACAUUAUAUAGACUAAGAGCUCACCAAAGACUUCAUAGCGGGAAUACAUUUAAUUGCGAAGAGACCGGAUGUGUUAAAUUCUUUACAACAUUGAGCGAUCUCAAGAAACAUAUACGAACUCACACUCAAGAAAGGCCCUACAAGUGUCGAGAGAGUGGGUGCGGCAAGGCCUUCACUGCUUCGCAUCACCUCAAAACUCACAAGAGAACACACACUGGUGAACGGCCUUACACGUGUUCUUACAUUUACUGUAAGAGAUCUUUCACAACACCACACAGUCUGAAGAGUCACAUUAAAACGCACAAGAGAAUCGUAAAAAGUCAAUCAGCGAAGCUGAAGGAAGACUCGCAGACUAGUACAAAAGAAGACAACGGUGGUCUGGAAAAUCAACCUAAAGCCAAAAUCGAGAUCAAGGAAGUCGGUGAAAGCAACAAUGUACCUUUUUACACGAUCAUACCUUUGAAUCCAGAAAACAGUCGAGAUACCGAAAACGUAGUUUACGUUUCGACGCAGAAUUCUGGUAAUAUCGAUCAAUUGGCAGGAAAUUCUUUGAGUCAUGUUCUAAACAAUAAUGAGAAAAACCAUUUCGAUGGCGAGGUUGAAUAUGGCACGUCGAAUCACAGUGAGGAACGAGUUGAAAUAUCCGCGGGAUCACCGCUGAAGAUCGAAUCCAGUGAAACUAAUAAUAAUGAGCUACCGACGCCGAGAAACAUCACGAUAGAUGUUUUGACUCAGAGCACUAUCGACACGUUGAACAAUGGAGAAUACGAUAAACUGAAAAUCUUCAAUCACAUAUCUACCUCAAUCGGCCAAAAUGACUCAACACCGAAUGCUGUGAGUGAUCAGAACGACAUUUUACUUUCGAUUCCUAUCGACGACGAGCGUAACGGAGUAAUCCAGAAACAGGAGCACAUGGAUGCGAUAAAUUUGCAACAAGAAAUUAUGCAAAAUGGCUUGCAAAACACGAUCGCGCAAAUAUCCGAACCUAAAAACUUUUCAAACAAUCCAAAACGCUACAAAAGCGACAGCCACAUCAUCGUUCAAAAUGAAUUUUCAAAUCAAGGGAACAACAGCUUGUCUAUCAAUUGCAAAAACACAACAUUUUACAGCGGUAAUUCUAUUGCUGACAGUGCCUUGAACAUAAUUGAUACCCAGGAUGAACACAAAUUAUUUGCCGGUGACACACCGACUUCUUACUGUGAUAACGUAAGUGUGAAUAAUAUUGCCACCAACGACUCUCAAGCAUUUGUAAAAGAUGUGGUUGUUCCGUAUACCGAAAAUUGCAGCCCUGCUCUGUCUAGUUACAAAAGCGUCGAUCCUAAUUCCAUCGUGAGCAUUAAAAAUUGCUUGGAUUCCGGUGACGCAUACUCGAGUACACAGAUCGAUAAAAAAAUUGUACCGGAAGUUGAAGACAUUAUGGCGAAUGGGUUCAUAAAUCAUUCACUUGCAAAAAUAUGUUCAGAUGCAAUAUUCCAGUCAGUUGAUUGUAUUGGUAUAGAGAAUAACGAUUCUCAAAAUGUGUUAUCUAGUGACAACAACAUUGUCGGAGAAUCAAGGAUUCAAAGCAAUUCCGAGAGUUUGGAACUUUAUUCGAACGCUAUGUUCAAGAAUGGCAAAUCUGGAAAUCAUGUGGUGGAUCGAACGAAGAACAACUGGCAUUCGGAAGCUGUCGAACUGGCAAUGGCCUCAGAAGAAGAAAUGCCGUCGCCUUGGAUCGAUGUCAUGGCUCUAGCAUCAGCGCCUUCUUUGAGAGCCGAAUCAUGGUCUGAGUUCAACGCCUUCCCCAUUGCCGUUCAUUCGUUAGUGGAUCUGGUCGGUCCUGAACCUUAUCCUUUAGAGCUAGGCUCCGAACUUCAGCACAAUGUUAACCUGGCAGCUGCCGUAAAUGCCUCAGGAAAUAUUGCGGUGGUCGGUGGUGGCGCGCAUAAUGAAAAGAAUUCAUCCAAAACGACUAGUCGGAGGAAUACAAUCAACAGGAAUAUUCUCCAGGAAAUUACGGCCGAUGCGGAUAUUUGUAAAUGCAUCGAUUGCAAGUGCGACUAUUUGAAAAAUUGCCAAAAUUGCUUCCCUGCAGCGCCGCGCAACGUGGAACAGAAUACGAAGACAAAUAACGGCGCAGUCAGGGAAACGGUGCAUUUAUCGAGCGUAGAAUCUCAGUUGGAGACUGAAAGUCUGAACAUUUUGUCAAACUUCGAAUCUGGGCAGAGUAUCGGUUAUACCAAAGAGUUUGCUCACUCGAGCGACGCGGUGAGCCAAGAGGCUCAAAUUCUGACUGAUUUUAAUAGAUACAAUAGUACGUUUAGAACAAAAGUUGAGAGUGAGGAAGGUCAAGACUGUACGUGCGGGUGUAUUCAACAGAGUAUGGAAUCUGAAUUCAUGGACAUCACGGGAAUGGAGAAUUUCAUAGACAAGAAAUCGUGCGAAUGUUUGGUGCUUGAGAACGGGAAAAAAUUCUGCGAGGCCAUAAUUGAAAUCGAAAAUAUAAUAACAAACAAAAGUUUCCCCCAAGGCUCUGAUAGCAUUAUACCAAAUAUAAUUAGUAAGAAAAGCGACAAUGACAAAGAAGAUAAUAGUUUGUCAGAUUCUGGCGCCAAAGAGAGUAACGAGAAGGCACCUUCUGGCAGCAAAUGUCACAUCGAAUCACGAAAAAAUACCAAAGAAAAUCCAUGCUGCAGAUCUAACGACGAUUACAAUAAUCGCCAAUCAAUAUCCACUGCACUGAUAAAUGACAUGCAAAAGAACAUUGGUGAUUCAGCUAAGAAAUGUGGUUGCAGAUGUAACAAUAAGAACAAGAACAAUGGGUGCUGCGUAAAGAAUAGUAAUGAGAAUGAUAAAAAUGAGCUGAAAACUAGCUGCUGUUGUAAGGAGGAUAGCAGUAAUACGAAUAGCAUCGUAAAUUCAGAAUUAAAUUCUUCUCCAGCUACCAAAGUAAUUCAACACAUUUCAGACAACAGGGAAUUGAGUUCUACGAUUCCUAAUGGUGGCAAAAUCGAUGUGUUCUUCAAUGUAGAGAGUAUAAAGAGCAGCAGUUCUUCUAUUGAAGAGUAUGAAAAGCAAACGCAAUGCCACGAUCAUUAUAAAAGUGGUAAAGACACCGACGAUAGUAGUAACAUCACAGAUAAAUUUGAAAAUGACGCCAAUGAUUCUGGUAAAGAAAAUCUGAAUCGCUGUCAUGGAAUAUCAAAGCCUUAUGAUAAUAGCGAAACGAUAUUCCCCAUAUCUAUGGAACAUCGAAACGAAUCUUUAGAUAAAACGAUGGUCGAUGAUUUUGGAACUUGUUUAGAAAGCGAUUGCUCAUGCGACAGCAGAAUAGGGGGAUGCAGAUCUUGCUGUGUCAUUGUAUGCCUUAAAACGCUACAGCAGUUGCAAAGAGUGUUUACUCAAAAUUGUUGCAAGGAUAAAAUGACGUCUGGCGAACAAGGCAUAACACUGCCUGUCUCCAUAAUUAAAAAAUUAACAGGAAAUGAGUGACCUGUUAAUUACACAACUCUGGGCAUGUGCUAUUCGUGUUUUUUAAACAUGCGUAUAUGUUGCUUUUUUUUUUCCUAUAAGUAAAUGACUUCAUCUGCCAUAUCAACAAAUAGUCAAUUCAAUUCAGAUCCUGAAUUCUAUGGACAACAAUAUAUGAAUUUAAAAGAGAAAAAAUCAGUAUGUCAUAUGUAUAGUGUAUACGUAGUACAUGUACAAUACAUAUGUAUAUGUACAUAAUUUUACAACGUGUAGAAUAUCAGUAUUUAUUUUCAUGCACAGAAUAAUUAUUUGUCUCGUAACGAACCUAUUAUGAAAACAAGAUUUUCAUCAUCUAGCCUGAAAUCCAUAAAUAUGUAACCUGGAGAUCAGAAUUUGUUUUUUACACAGCGCAAGCUAAAGACAAUUGAUAAAGUGUUUUAGUUUCUUAGUUCGUAUUAACAGUAAUAGCAAUACCAGUUUCUUGGCAGCGUCAGGGAUUCAUGCAAAGCAGAAUUAUUCGCACAAUUUUAUGUUCUUCAACCCAUAAAUAUCCGAUUUCAGUUGGCGUUAUUAAAAAUUUCGCAACAAAAUGAGAGUUUCGUUCCGUUGAUUUUCAUUUUCACAAGGCUUACUAUUCAUUUCAUUGUACUUCUAUUCUCAUAUCAAUGGUCACAGGAUAGUACGCUGUAAGAUUAAUGGAAGCAACUGAACAUCGACAGUUAUGUACAUGAUGUAAAAAACUAAACUUAUUCAAAUUCUUUAACUUUGUUUAAUUUGAAUUUUACGAAUAACGUAACAUGUAUUAAAUCAUAGAUUUAUCCUUCUCAUGACACCUUGCCUUCAAAGUAUUUAUAUCGUCAUUAAACAAUUAUUACGUCAGUAGAAAUGGCAAUCAUCAAUUUUCUUAAUUAUUUAUUUACGAUGCUAAUCAGUUUGACUAAAUAUCGUUAUUACUUCUUCUUUCAGAGAGUGGUGAACAAUUUUAGCAUCCUUAAUAUAACU